UUUUUACGGCUGCGCAGCAAAACGCUGUAGCGGCUGCGAAGCAAAGCGGCUUGUGCCUACUAAGGAGAUACGCGUAAUCAAUGAGUCAUAUCCUUUAGCCAGCCGCAGUCAUCACCAGAACGUCCAAGAGGAAGAGUCGAUACACAUCUGUCACUAUUGCAUACGCGUCUUUUUCAUUACGUUUCCCGAAGGUCGAGUGGAAGAAUAUUUCCACGAAUCGCUGCAUAAGUGUCGCCAAUGCACCAGGCAUCUUUUUCAUUAUAAGUUUCCUACCGCUCGACUGGAAUAAUAUUUGCAGGAAUCGCUGUGCAGGCGUCGCUAUUCCACAAGGCAUCGUUUUCAUUAUAAGUUUUCCAUUGAUUUCCGCUGCUACUUCCAUUUUUGGCGCUCAGUUUCUCCCUUAUAUAAAUGGAGAAGGAAAAAAUCGCUGCUGUAUAUGAAUGUUCGAUCAAAGAAUGUCUUGGAAAUAGAGCUGAACCAACAAUCGAAGAUUUCGGGUUAUGGUUACUUAAAGAAAAUUUAGAUAAUGAUAACCUUUUAACAAAUAUCGGAGAAAUAGAUUAUACAAAUGGGGAAGAAAAACUAAAAAAAUUUGAACCAAUUUCAGAGACAUUUUGCGAUAACAUUAUGAUGGUUGUAAUUACAGAUUCUCAAUACUGUUACUCAAAAAAUGGAAAGCUUUUGGCUAAAAAAGAAGUAUGUGGCAAGUUUAACAAUGUUCUUAGAGAUAAAUUUAAGAUAUUUAACUUAGGAAGCCGGGCCAUUGUUGCCAAACCACCAUAUAAACUAGAUUCUGAUUCCCAGGUAGUUACAGGUGUUAAGCAAAUUAUAGGCAAGAAAAUAGAAAGUGUAAAGGAAAAAUACAAAGAACCAGUAGUCAUUCCAUAUAAAAUAGAACUUGCGGAUGUCUACUUGGACAAUCUCUUACCUAAAUUAGCUGUUAUAAUAGGAGAGCUCGAAGAAGAACACUACUAUUUAUUAGACUUCGAUAUAACGCAGGAUUUUGCUGGAAUAUUUAACAAGGCUGAAAUGUCUGAUUAUCUCAGAAAGAAUCAUAAUUUUUGUUUCCAAAGUGAAUAUAAAGAGGAUUGCAAUGUAAUAGUAGAUGGUGAUAAAAAUACUGGAAUAGAUUGCUUAACGUGGAAGAAUGGUAGUUCUAGGGUUAAAAUUUACAGCAAAUAUAUAUGCCAACUAACAAAUCCUGGAAUGAGUAAACAACUCGGAAACCAUAUAAUAAAUUUAGUAAAUUGUCCCAAUGCAAGAUUAAAACAAACAUUUAACGAUCGUCGGGCAGCAAAUAAUGGCAUUACUAGAUUAGAAGCUACAAUCUAUAACUAUACAGAUCCAAAAUUUAGAGCAACCCAUGAAGCUCUUCCGUUAGAUAAUUGUAACGCCAUAAUAGAAGACAACAAAAAAUAUUUCGAAAGUGCACCAUUCUAUUCAGUCCCACUUUCUAAAAUGUGGACAAAAUUAACAAACAAAUUAAAAAAUAGCUGUUGUGUUGUUUCUAAAAAUUUAUUACAAUAUGCAUACUGGGGAAAUACUAUUUCAAAAAAAUUAACUGGAAUACAAAUAAAGUUACCAGGAAAUCAGACAGAAAGAACAAAAUGUAUAAACUAUGUAUUGUCUGCUUACAGUUUUAAAUCAUUGCCACUUAACUACUUAGAAAUUUUAGAAAAUACAGAGCAGUUAAAUGUCGUAUCGAUAAUACAGAAAUGCUUUAUUAAGGAGGAGGGAGAGACAUAUUUUAGUAGAUCUAGGUGCCAUCUAUCUACAAUACCUGUAGGCAUUGAUAUAAAAAAAAUUGGAUUAAUAGAAACAACUAAUGUUAAACCAUUAAUUUUACGCAAAAGACCCAGUGUUAGAAUGGAACCUCCAUAUGAAAUUAAAGAGACAGACCCCAUUAAUAAAGCUUACAUCCAGUCUAGAAAUAAGAGGGACAGAGAAUUUAAAGAAAUAAGCAUAAAGAGUAGGAAAAAGGAUUUCUUGAAUAAAACGAGGAGUGUACUAGAAGAUAAUAAAAAUUUAAUAGAGCAAUAUCAAAAAAUUAAAGAAACAGAGAAAGAAAUUAAAAAUUAUUUUUCUAAUGGUUUGAUAAAUUUUGAUAUAACUGGAAAUUACAAAAUAAAUGCACUUAUUCUAAAGAUAGAAAGUGGAUUAAUAAAUGUUGGUUUUCUUGGGAGAAAAGGUGAUGAAAAAGUGGUAUAUUUUCUUAAAGGGUGUUACAAUGGAGCUGACAGUCAUAGAGACAAUCUAAAAGAAAAAGGAUUUAUGUUUUACUAUGGUAGUGUGGAAAUAGUAUAUUACCCUGUGAAAGAUGAUUUUUUUGAAUUUACUGCUAACGGAACCAUAAUUUUUAAUGCAUCAGAAAUAAAACCUUUUGAAAUAACAAACAGUUCUUACAUAAAUCAGCUUUUAAUAUGUAAAGAGGAUGUGGCAGAAAUAGAAAAUAUAAAAAUGGGAACAAUAGAAUCUGAAAUUAAGGUUAAAGAUUGCAAAACAUUAGAAGAUUUGAAAGAUGGUGAUAAUUUGCUUAUUUCGCAUAUUCAGGCAAAAAGCUAUUAUGGUAGAGAUAGAUAUAUAUUGAUGUUUGAAAAUAUAGAUGAUUAUUAUGUGUCGAAUUAUUGGUUAGAGAACGAAAUAAAAUGUGAAAAUAAAGACAUAAACUAUAAGUUAAAGAUUAGGUUAGAUAUAAUAGAAACCACACCUAAGAAGAAGAAAGAGAGAUUGGUAUUUGUUGCUUAAAUUUAUAAGAUUUUCUUAUGGAAGUAUUUAUAAAUAUGGUUUUAAUGAAUGGAGACACAUUUUGUUCUUGUAUUGCUAUUAUUCUUUUAUGUUUUGUUAUUUAUAUGUGAGUUUUAUGUACUAUAUUGUGUAUCUAGAGUUUUUUCAUUUGCUUGUAAGUGUCUACCUCAUAGACCUUUAACUUCAUAAUUUUCUUUUAAAUGUGAAAUCAUUCCAGUCUUGGUUCUAGUACUUUAGUUCUUGCAGGAUGUUGGACAUACAUUGUAUUAUUUUGUGAAAAGCCUACCUGGGAACCACACAUCGAAAAUAUAUCAGGUAGACUUUCAGGAGUUAAUUAUUUCAUUAUGAAUUUAAAAGGACAUGUUCCAUAUAAAUGUGUGAGAUCAGCAUAUUUGGCUUUCUUCCAAAACAUUAUAUCAUACAGAAUUUAGUGUCACAUAAAUGUAAUUUUACUUUUGCAGAAGAAACUAUUAAGAAUAAUUACUGAUUCCAGUAAAUCAGAACACUGUAAACCUGUGUUUGUUAAAUUGCAAUGUCUGACAGUGGCAAACCUAUUCAUUUAUAAUUUUCUGUUGUACAUUAGAAACAAUGUUUCAAAAUUUGUAUUGAGAAGUGAUAUUCAUAGCUAUAAUACUAGAAAUAAAACCUGAAUAGAUAUGCCACAUCAUAGACUAUGUAGUAGUAGUAGUAGUAGUAGUAGUAGUAGUAGUAGUAGAACUCCUACCUUGUCCAUGGAGUAAGGAUGCUUAACAGACUAAGCAAAGAUUUUAAAGAAUUACCUGUAAAUAUUUUUAAAGCCGAAUUGUAUAAGCUACUAGUUAACUAUCCUUUUCACACUCUUCAUGGAUUUUUUGAAGAUGAAAAUAUUGCUUUGUAACAUUUGGUUUCUACUAUUGCCCAUUUCAUGCAAACUACAGUACAUUACAAAAUGUAUGGUGUUGGCGAAAUGUAUGGUGUUGACUUUAUCUAUUGCUAUAAUGAGCUGGAUGACAAUAAAAUUUUAUUAUUAUUAUUAUUAUUAUUAUUAUUCUGCAUUGUCACAUUUUGUACUCGUUUAGUUUUAGAGGGAUAAAGUCCUUAAUGAUGACAUAAAAAGAAAUGCUGUGUGACAUUGUUCAUUUACUUGUUCAUCCUUUGAUCACUGUUUAGAAGCAUACUGGAUACGUCAAUGUACAUUUACAAUUUCAGCUAAAGUGCAAAUUACAAUUUGAGCAUGUAUAUUAUUUUUCACAAUAGAGUUAAACAUAUAUGUAAAAUAAUUAAUGUAAACAUUUAAUUUACUGCAUAUAGGCAACCAAUUUCAGUUUUUGCUGCAAUGGUUGAGGCAUAAGAAAAAAUUUCAAGUUUAUUUUUUGUUUACACAGUGUAUGUAGCUCAGUUCUCAAGUUACUGAUUUAGUGCAGCAAAAUCUUUCUAAUUCAUUUGGACUGGCCUCAAAAUAUUAACACUGUACAAAUAUGCUGAUUUUAAGUACUGUCUUCAUUGUGAUUCGAAAACUGAUGGUGCUUUUACAUCUUUUAAACUGCUUGGUAAGCUGUGUAUAAUGAGCACCCUGCUUUAGUAGGAUCUUUAUUGGCCAGUUGCAGUCAGGUAAUAUUGACAUGAUAGUCAUCUUUUACUCGUGUGCUGUAAUUGUGUAGUUCUCUGUGUAGAACUGGUGUACAAUUUAAUUUGAGAUACAUUAUACUGUUUCAAAUAUAUGAGGGUGCGGUCAUAAUUUUAGAUUCUUUGAAUUUGGUUUUACAGGGCUCUCUUAGUCGUAGCCUUCCAAUACAUAUGUUUGCUUUCCUUUUUUCAGUCUGUUCAUAUGCACAUUUGCUGUCCUACCCCAUAUUAUUAUACAGUAUGAUAAAUUUGGAUAAAUUAGUCCAUAAUACAUGUUUAACAAUGACUCUACAUCAACUGUGUAGGAUAUUUUCUUAUUCAUUGAAAAUACACUGCUGCCUAUUUUUGA